AUGCAUAAGGCUGGAAAUUUCUUUGUAGUGAGAGGGAGUGACAGAAAAGACAAUUACCGCCUCACUUCUGGUGAAAAGGCACGAUUUGUGACGUUCAGAACCCAAAGCUUUCAGCGCUGUCGUUCAGUGUCGGCGUGUCCCUGCGUUGUACCCCAGGCUGGGGCCGAUGCCGUGCGUGGCUCCGAGAGCGCGAUACCACACCAGCAGCCUGCAGCCCCCGCGGGGCCGCUUCGGCGGGAGGGUGGUGCUGCUGCUGCGGGGGCUGCCGGGCGCCGGGAAGAGCACCCUGGCCAGGACUGGCAGAGGAAUGCUUCAUAUUUAAGCCACCACCUAAGCCAGCGCUUCCACCUCCUAGAGCCCGUCGCUGUCUGCGAGGCAGCUGGUCAGCUUACGGCAGGACACGCGUCCACCCGCCGUGGGCAUCCUGGACAACUGAAACGUGACUAUCCCAGUGCUGUAGUUCUUAGUACUGAUGACUUCUUUAUCGAAAAUGGCGUAUACAUGUUUGAGCCUGACUUCCUAGAGGAUGCGCACAAAUGGAACCAAAAGAGAGCACGCAAGGCAAUGAAGAAUGGGAAAAGCCCCAUCAUUAUUGAUAAUACCAACAUCCAUGCUUGGGAGAUGAAGCCGUAUGUGCUGAUGGCACGUGAAAAUGGAUAUGAAGUUAUAUUCCAAGAACCAGAUACACCCUGGAAGUUCAAUGUUCAAGAACUGACAAGAAGGAAUAUUCAUCAUGUCCCUCGACAAAAGAUACAACGGAUGAAAGAACAAUAUGAGCACAAUGUUACCUUCCACAGUGUUCUUCGGGCUGAAAAACCAAGCAGAGAUGAGAGAAGCUCCAGUGGACCAAAUGCAGCUCAUGGCAUGGGUGCCCAUUCCAACCCCCCUCCAGCCUUCUCGAACAGAAGACUUCACGUAGCACGUACAAACAAUAUACCAUUUAACUGAAGAGGUGGAUUCCUCAGUGUAUAUUUUAAUUAUCAGGGUAUAAAAAUUUCUAGUUUUACAUUUUUUUCUAAACUUUUUUAUUCUUGUAUUUUUCUAAACUGUUUUUUAUUCUUGUAUUUUUCUACUACAUUUUUAAAUCUCUACUACAAUUUUAAAUUUCUUAGAACUCUUUAAAUGUCACUGGAUUAUGAUCUCACAGCUCUACAUGACUAAUCUAAGAACACUAUCCCCAGUACAAACUGUACUCCCUCUCAUCUGUCUUCCUCCACAAAAAUCCAUUCAAGCUUACAGUGAAAUUUACCAGCUGUAACACACUUUUUGGUUGUUUGUUUGGGUUUUUUUCUGCAUUGUGCUCUGUCACUAAUAGAUAAAAUAUUCCUAAAUUCUUUCUUUCUUACAGGCCAUGUGGCCAAUUCUUUCUCCACACAGUUGUAAUUUCUUGCCAUUUUAAUACUUUAUAUAUCUGGCUGUAUAACCUUUUGUAUCUUCCCACUCCAUCUUGCCUAGACCAUUACUGCUAGUUUUAAGAGAGGCAAAGCGAAUGGUGGAAAAGGGAGCUCUAACAGGUUGUAGGAAGGUGCGAUGCUGUGCCCUAUCCACAUGUCUGCUGUCUGGAUCCAGAUGGGUGAGAAGAGAAGCUAUCCUGCAGUAGUUUUAUCCAUGUUGUUAAAUUCUGCUGAUUAUGUCCUCAUUAAGAACCCUUGUGAAACAUUUUUAAAACUCAGCAUUUGUGAUGGCAAUUUUUUUUUUUUAAGUAGGUGUGGAUUAUUAGGCAGUGCUUAUAGAACAGGACACUAGCAAGUGAUUUUGCAGUAGGAAAUGAAGACAGCUCACAUUGGACAUUAAGAAAUGUGGGUAUAGCUGCAAUUCAUCUAGUAAUUUAGCAGACGUAUAAAGAAAUAGGCUGUUUCUGGAGAAAAGCCAGGCUGUCUUCAGGACACAGUAGAUGUACAAGAUUGUAAACUAGGGGGCCUGGGGAACCUGGCUCUGC